AUGGACCUGUAUCAAGAAGAAAUAUACAAUAGAGCAAAUAUAAAUGUGAGCGUUAUCGUUCAUGAUAAUAUAAAAGAUGUUAUAAUAAAAAAUCUUGAGAAUAAUAUGACCGAUAAGAAUAUAAUAAUAAAUAAUUAUAAUUAUAAUGAUAUUAUCAAAAUUAAUAAUAUACAAAAUGAUAAUAUUAAAGAUGAGGAAAAAGGAAUAUUAUCCUUGUGGUUAAAAAAAAUAAAAGUAGUAUCAUCUGUUAUAAUUUUAUGUGUUGACUGGCAACAUAUAUAUAGUCAACAUAAGAUACAGUCUAAUUCAAAAGAUACUAUUGAAAGUGAAAAUAAGAAUAACGAAAGGAGAGGUAGUAGUUAUUAUAUUGAUAAGGAAGGUAUUAUAAAUGAAGGGAUAUACAAUAUGGGUGAUAUGAAUUGUUAUGAUAAUAUAAAUAAUUAUAUUACCCCCAAUAGUUUUAAUAAUGUAGAUAAUUAUAAUAUCCCCAAUAAUUUUAAUAAUGUAGAUAAUUAUAAUAACCCCAAUAGCUUUAAUAAUAUUGAUAAUUAUAAUAACCCCAAUAGCUUUAAUAAUAUUGAUAAUUAUAGUAACCCGAAUAGCUUUAAUAAUAUGAAUAAUUCAUGUGAGGAUCUUAAUAUGGAUGAUAAUAAAUUAUGUUAUGUGCAAAAUGAAGAAUACAUGAAUAAAAUAAACAAAGAAUUAUUAAAUCGAAUUGAAGAAAUUAAUAAAAUAAUAUUGAAAAGGAAAAAGGUUUGUAAGAUAAUUUUAUUAGUUAUAUUACCAGAGAAUACAAAAAAUACAGAAGAUUAUAUUAAACAUAUAAGUAUGUUGAAUUGUGAGAAUAUUAGUGCUAUAUUUAUUACAUUGGGUUUAAAAGAAAUACAUAAUAAAAUAAAAAAAUUAGAUAAUUUACUAAAAGAUUGUGUUACUACUUUUUUUAAACAAUAUAUAAUAAAUUAUGAAAGGAAAAGUAAUAUAAAUUUAUUAUCAUUUUUUAAAUAUAAUUUUAAAAAAGCAUAUAUAUUAGAAAUGUUAGAAAAAUAUGAUGAGAGUAUGAAAAUAUAUGUAAAUAUAUGUAAAGUAUUUUAUGAACAUAUUGGUAAUAAUAUUUUUUCAGAUUUAUUACAAUAUUUUAAUUAUGUUAUAUUUUUUAAUUGUGUAAGUAUACGUAUGAUAUAUAUAUAUUUGUAUUUUAAAGAUAUUAAGAAAGCCAUACAUCAUAUAUAUACACAUAAUAAGAUAAUACAAUUAACAUUAAUGGAGAAUCAAUCUAUGACUAAUGAGGAACAUCAAAUGGUUCAAGAAUUUUUUAAUAUAUUUAAUAUAUAUAAUGAUAAGAAAGAAAAUAAAUUUUUUGUAAAUCAGAUAAAAUAUAAAAAAAAUGAUAAUAUUAAUAGUAAUAAUAAUAAUAAUAGUAAAAAUAAUAGUAAUAAUAAUAAUAAUAAUAAUAAUAGUAAUAAUAAUAAUUUUUGUUAUAAUGAUGAUGAAGAAAAAUUAUUAUUAUUAUCAUAUAUAAAUAAAUUAAAAGAAAAGAAUUUAGAUAUCUUAUUAUUAUUAUAUAAUAAGAUAUUAAAAGAAUAUUUAUAUUAUAAUUUACUUUCUUGUGUGUAUUUUUAUUUUUAUCGAAUUAUUAAAAAUUUUCAAAUAUAUAUACAAGAUAUAGUACUCUAUGGUAUAUAUUGUUGUUUUUUUAUAUAUAACAAAAUAAAAGCUGUUAAAAAAAAAGACAACCUUAUAGAAAAUUUCCCACAUUCUUAUAUAAUAUAUUUUAAAAUGGAUAGUAUUUCCUUUUUAUAUGAUUUUAUAUUAAAUUUUUUGAUUGAAUUAUAUCGUAUAAUAAAGAUAAACCAAAUAAAUAGUUUAUCAUUAAUAAUUUUAUAUUUUUUAUGUACUAUAUAUUAUGAGCAGAAAAAAUAUUUAUUUUGUGCCUUCUUACUUUUACAAUUUUUUACACACCCGAAAGAUGAUUUUAUAUUAAACUGGUUGGACGUGCAAUAUUUAAAAGAAGAGAAAUAUGACGAGGAGGAAUUCCUGUGUAGUCUGAGGAGGUUGAAGUUGGAUAUUGAAUAUAUAAGAGAAAGGAAUAGUGUCGCUUAUGAACCACUGUUAUACUUACUUUUAAAUUCAUUAGCUUUUGUGCUAUAUCAUGAGAAUAUAAAAGUAGAUGUGGAGGAUGGUCAGAAGGAGUUGGAAUUUUUUAAUGUGGAUAAGAAAGAAUAUGAAAGAUUAUUUGUUGAGAUAUGUUUUGUUUACUUGAAUAUAUUAAUUAAGAAUAAGAAAAAUAAUGAGAGAGAAGAUUUUAUAAAAUUUUUGAGUAAUUAUUUUGAUAUGGUGAAUUAUAAUUUAUAUAUGAAUAAUGAUAUUAAUUUAUCACUUUGUAAUAUAAAUGUAGAUAUGUUUUAUAUAUUUUUUGAUAAUAAUAAUAAUAAUAAUAUUAAUAGUAAUAAUUUGUAUGCCUUUUUUGAAAUAAAGGAUAUAUUUUUAAAUGAACAUGGUCAUAAUAAUUUUAUAUAUUUGCCUUUUUUUGUUAUUUCAAUAAAUGAUGAUAAAAAAUAUUUUACCUACCAAAUUGAUGAUGCAUUUGAAGAUAUGAUGUUUUUUUUUUGUAUUAAUACAAAUGAAGAGGAUAUGAUUAAUAAACUUAAUUUGGAUAUACAAAAUGUUAAGAAUAAAAAUAUAAAUGAUAAUAUUCAAAAUAAUGAUUCUUAUGUAUGUAAAUUUAUGAAUAGAAAAAAAAAAAAAAAAAGUGUUGUAAGUUUUAUUAUUUCAGAAUGGAAAAAUGAAAUGAAUAUUGAUUAUUUCGACUUAUAUCUUUUUAUAUUUAAUCAAAUUAUAAGAAUUCGUAUUGAUAAAAUAUCUGUUUAUCAUUGUAAGAGGAAAUACAUGGAAUUAUAUAAUGCUCAGAAUAAAAAUGUGGUUACUAAAAAUGAAUAUGACGACAGUUUGUGUGUUCACAAUGUUGAUGUUAAUAGUAUGUAUGAUGUCUCAUGCAAGGAAAACACUCAUGAGAGUAAUAAUAAUAUGAUAAAUUAUGAGAAAGAAAUAAAACAGUCUGAUCAUAAAUGUUCUUUUGUUCCUAUACAUAACACACUUAAUAAAAAUGAUAUAAAUAGCUUGGAUGAAGAAAAAAAAAUCUUCCCAAUAAAAAAUAUGAAUUGCUUAACAAAAAAUAAAUUUGAUUAUUAUAAGUUAAAGGAUGGAAUAUAUAUGAAUAAAUAUGAGAAUAAAAUAAUUUAUAAUAAGGAUAAAUAUUUAUAUAAAAUGUCAUUAUUGAAGUAUAUUAAUUAUUAUAUAUAUUCAAGAAAUGAUAAAUUAUAUUUGAAUGAAUAUAAUAUAUCAUAUAUAUUUAUUAAGUAUUCAACUUAUAUUAAAAAUUUUGAGUUAAAUUUUUCUUAUAUCAUAGAUGAUAUUGAUCAUGUUGACUUUUAUUUAUUGAGCAAUGAGGAAAACGUGAUAAGUAUACAUAAAAUUAAAAACAGACAAAAUAUAACAUUAAGAGGAAAGAAAGAUAUAUAUAAAUGGUAUAAUAAUGAUAAUGAAACUGUUUUAAAUAAUGAAAAAAAAGAAAAAUAUAAUAUGGAAAAAAUAAAAAAAAAUUAUAUUUACAUGGAUGAUGAUAAUCAAACGGAGGAGAUAUCAGAUUGUGAUAGUAGUCUAAGUAGUGAUAAGGAAGAAUAUAAUUCUUAUAGUGAUGAUAAUAAUAUGAAUAAUAUGAAUAAUAUGAAUAAUAAGAAUAAUAUGAAUAAUAUGAAUAAUAAGAAUAAUAUGAAUAAUAUGAAUAAUAUGAAUAAUAUCAAUAAUAUGAAUAAUAUGAAUAAUAUCAAUAUUAUCAACAAUAACAGUAAUAACAAUUAUUUUAAUACAAAAGAGGAAUUACAAAUUAGUGAGAACUUUUACAAACUGAUACAUAAAAAUGUAAACAACAAUAUGGAUGAUGAGAAGGAAACUUUGUUUGAUGAGAAUAUAUUUUUUUUUGAAAUUAAAGGAGAUAAAAAAAUGAAGAAUAAUAUAAAAAACUCAUGUGUGAAAAAAAUAUACGGUCGUAGUAAUUUUAAUAAUAACUGUUAUAUGUUAUAUGAACAAAGGAAAAAUAAAAAAAUGAUGAAAAAAAGAAAUACAAAAGAUGAAAAGUAUGAAAACAAAAUUGGUUAUAAUGAUAAUAUAAAUCAUCCUAAUGGUUAUAUAAGUAAUACCUUAUUUUCAUUUUAUAAAGAUGAGAAAGAAAAAUUAUUAUGUAUACCUUUCAUUAUAAGACCGAGAGAAUUAAAAAAUGUUAAAAUAAGUUUUGAAUUUCUUUUCAAAAAUAUUUAUUUUAAGGAUGAGCUGAAAUAUAAUCUUAAUUAUUUUGUGGAGCCUUCUCUAAUAACAAUGGUGACAAGAAUGAAUUUGAGAAAGGAUGAUGAAGAGGAGAAUUAUAUGAUUCAUAAUGAUAGAGAAAAUAAUAUACAAGAAGAAAUUAUAACACAUAAUAAUGAUACUAUUAAAGAGAAUAUAUAUAAUGAUUUAUUAGAUAAAGAUUUGUUUUUUUUCAUAUCAUAUUAUAUAUAUAUACAUAAUAAUAAUAUAAAUAGAAUUCACCUUGUUGAUAUUGAAAAUAUAACAAGAGAUAAUAUUAUAAAAAUGGAAUAUAAAAAUACUUAUUGUGAUUUUCUUAGAACUAAUAAAAAAUAUUUGAAUAUUAAAUAUCAAUUAAAUUAUGGAAGUUUUUUUUUUCCUUUUAAUAUAAUAUUUAAGAAAUUAAUUUUUACAAAUUUCAUUAAGUUACCAUAUGAAGAUUAUAUAGAAAAUAUAAAUAAUAAAAUGAAUAUACAAAACGAACAUAAGAAAAGUAAAAUAAAAAUAGAUUUAAUAUAUUCAAAAAUUGUAAAAUAUAAUGAAUUAUUUACUAUCCAAGCUGUUAUAACAAAUCAGACAAAUAUAACUGAGGAGAUUAUUAUAUUUUUAUAUGACUUACCAAAAGAAAAAGUAAAAAAAAAAAAAAAAAAAAAAUUAGCUAGCCAAAAUGAGGUAAAAAGAAAAAGUCAAAUGAUUAUUAAUAAAUAUGAUGAAAAAAAAAUAUAUGAAUUUAAUGAAAUAAAUAAAAAUAAUGAUAAUAUAAAUAAUGAUAAUACAAAUUAUGAUAAUAUAAAUUAUGAUAAUAUAAAUUAUGAUAAUAUAAAUUAUGAUAAUAUAAAUCAUGAUAAUAUAAAUCAUGAUAAUAUAUAUAAUGCCAACAUAAAUAAUACUCUUUUUAAUAUUCCUGAUUAUGAAUCGUCAUCAUAUGAUUAUACUUCAUCAUCUUAUUCUUCAUACAACAUGGAAAAUUUAAUAAACCAAGAUGAAUAUCUUUUGGAUGAUGAAAAUGUUGAUGUCACAAGAAAUGAUUUACAAAUGAAUAAUAUAUUAAAUAAUGUUUCACAAAAAAAAUAUAUCAUAUCAGGAAUUCGAAGUAUGAAAAAUAUUUUGUUACCAUAUCAGACCUUACAUAUUGAUUGGUCUUUCAUACCACUUACAUAUGGACAUAUAACACUACCUAAUAUUUUAAUAAAAAGAAAAACAAAAGUAAAAAAUAAUGUUAAUGUAUUUGCUUCAAAGGAUAUUCAAAUAAUAGUCAUAUGA